AUAGGGUGUCGGAUUUAUCUGUGGGCCUGCGUGCUCAUUUCCUGUGUUGGGCUGAACCUAAAGUGAGUUAGCCCAUAUCAGCACUUAUAUGUACGCUUGGACGAUGCUGAAGAGGGGCAAUCAGCCAUGAACAAACAUUAUUAUUCUGAACCUAUCUUCCUCAACCUCUCGCUUCCACGCGAGCUCUGCUCCUUCCUCCCUGCUUGAGGCAACGCAGCCGUGCUCUACCGCCGCGCGUGACGCCGGCAACCCUUCUAUCUCUUCUGAGAUCGUGACAUUUGGUUAUCAGAGCUACCGAUUGAGAGGCCCUAAAAUUCCUGACCGAGCCACCAAAUUCAACACAUUCGUGUAAUCCUAGCCUCAACCCCACUACACCCUCGCCGCCGCCGCAGUCCACCAUGACUUCACUGUCGCCCACGACCUCCGCCAAUGUCAAGGGAAUCAUCGCCGCUUUCGAGUUUACCAGGAUGCAACGGGAGUUGGAGCGCAGACGCCAGCGAUUGGAGAAGCUGUUCACCACUACAUCGGUGGCAUCGGCGACACCUCCACCGGCGCCCUUGGUCGCCCUCAGUUCACCGGCGCUAUCCACCACACCUCCGUCCCCCACGCCCACCGCCUCGGCCUCCAUCGACAACACCACGCUCAGCUCCUCCACCACCAGGGGCCCCCGGCUAGCUCCGCCCGCAAGGUGUUCGACACUGGGUCGCACCAAUGACGAGAGCACUCGUGUUCCUGUUAGCACCGCGUCGGCUCCUUCAUCAACCUCGUCACGCGCAUCAUCUGCUCCAAGCGCAGCACUGACCUUCCCAUUGACGGCUGCAACUGGUCUGUGUGCAAAGGAAGAAAUCUUCACCACCAUGCCCACCAAGUGUUCGACGAAUUGUUUCAACCGCGACAACAUGCUCAAGUUCGGGAACACUAUCAACAAAUGCUCCUCACUCGAGAAUAUGCAGCACAGCAGGUGGAAACUUUCAUGGGCGUAUGGCAUUGGCGUUUCGGAAUGGAAUCAUUGGUCCCCUCGUAUAUGCAUGAGUAGUGUGAUGCUCUAUAGUGUUAUGUCAGCUCAACCAGCGUAUGACGACAGCCUUGUAGAUGACAGUGACAACUUUAGUGUAUCCGAGAUGACAAUGCUAAAAUUCCUUGCCAUGACUUGGCACUGUUCUGCUUGUGUACAUGUGGUGUUGUUAAAGUUCACACACAAGUGGAAACAUAAGAAAGCAAUUUUUAAGCUACUAUUAUUGUGGGGAAACCAGACUGUCAAGAUGACUAUAAGAAUAAUUUCUUUUGCAAUGUUCACUGCUAAUGACAAAAUUCAGAGAAAGACAAGGUUGAUCGUAUGGACAGUGGAAGCAAAUGAUAUUCUGCAUCACAUUAUGAUGUCAGUUCAGUUAUCCUAACAAGUAAAUCCUUAUUACUUGAGAAACAAUCUGUGUGUCACUUCAAGCAUGAGGACCAUAACUGUGCCUUCUAUCAUUAGGAGAAGCACCUGUUAGCUGACAAUAUUUUGACAUUUACUGAAAAUGCUAGACAGCUGAAGCGUGAUGGUAUAUUGCUGAUCCACAUCUGUCAAUUUCAGAAGCAGUUACAUGUACCCAAUGCUGUUGCAUUAUUUACUGCCAAUUGGGGUAGUCUCAAUGGGACAGUUCAAGGGCCCUGUUUGGAUUGUUCUAGUUCCUAGAACGCAUAUUCCCUGAAAAAAGAAUCUCGCAUGCAUGGAGUACUAAAUGAAGUUUGUGAAACCUCUUUAGGAAUGAGUGUAACUUUUCGCGACGAAUCUAAUGACAAUAAUUAAUUGACGAUUGGCUACAGUAAUGCUACAGUAACUAUUCUCUAAUCACGCGGUCAAAGACCUCAUUGAUUCUUCAGGGCUCUUAGCACAGGGGUUGUAGAGUUAGUUUUACAAAUUCCCUUCAUUUAAUACCAAUAAUUAACGGUCAAAGUUCUCUAGCACAAGUUGUGAUAGGGAACCAAACAGGGCCAAGGUCACACAAGAAUGCUUUGCAAUUUUCUACAGCGGCACAAUUGUUGUUACUGGAAUCAGUGCACCCAGUUGCACAUAUAUCUAUUUCUUAGAAUAUAUGACUGUGUCCGUAGCCCAAAUAAUAGAGUUGAUAUGGGUGCAA